AUGGUUAUGGAGCGGCUGGCGGACUUCGUCAGCAAGUCGCUGGAGGGGGGCGAAGCGCCCGCGCCGCCGCCGGAGCCCGGGGAGGUGGACGAGGCGGAGGAGGACGUGGACAUCACGGCGCUGGAGGUGCCGCCGCCCGCCAAGCGCCCGCGCAACUGGCUGCUGUCGCCGCUGCCGCACUGCAAGAGGGAGGACGACGACGACGAACACAAGCACGACAUAUCGGAGAAGUCAGGCGCAGGUGGGGGCAAGCAGCGGCGGUCGCGCACGAACUUCACUCUGGAGCAGUUGGGCGAGCUGGAGCGGUUGUUCGACGAGACCCACUACCCCGACGCCUUCAUGCGAGAGGAGCUAUCGCAGCGACUCGGCCUGAGUGAGGCACGCGUGCAGGUGUGGUUCCAAAACAGACGAGCUAAAUGCCGGAAACACGAGAGUCAAAUGCAUAAAGGUCUGCUGGUAGGCGGCGGCGGCACCCCGCUGGAGCCAUGUCGCGUCGCGCCGUACGUGUCGGUGCCGCGCCUCGCCGCGCCGCCGCGCCCGCCACCGCUCCCGCUCCCGCCGCAGCCCACCGCCUUCGCGCCGUUUGACUCCGCUCUGCUGUCCGCUGCUGCACAUCAGUACGCGAGCGCCGCCGCCGCCGCCGCGGCCGCGCUGUGUCCACCGUACGCGGGUCUGGCGGCGCUGGCCGCGCGUUGUCGCUCCUCUUCAAUCGCCGAUCUGCGGCUGAAGGCGCGACGUCACGCCGCUGCGCUCGCCGCCGCUCGCGACCCGACCGCGCCCGCUCCCGCCUCCGCGCCCGCGCCCGCCGACACAUAG